CCGGAACAUCACAAAAUGUGAAUGCACCAUUGAGCUGCCCAAAUAUUUAACCUUUGAACCUCAUCUCUUUUAUUUUAACCGCUUUUCCUUCCCCGAUGUCGCUCGAACGCAAGCUACCGUUCGGUUCUUAAUAGGUGUUUCUCAGCCCUGCCAUUACAGCGGCUAUCGAGCAAGGAUCCAUCACCGUUUCAUCUUCGUAAGUAAUUACCAUGUCUUCUAUACUCUAUCUUCUGGAGUACCAAUUUCGAUUGAGAUUUUUUUCCUUCUUUUCGAUUUGAUUUAGGUAUUUAGAUUAUACUUUCAAUUUCAGUAUCUAUCCGAACUCAAUUUGAACUCAAUUUGAGUUCGGCAUUCUCUAUGGCGAUCAAAUCCAGGCCUCCACUAUUUUUUAAUCAAUUUUCAAUAAAGGACCUUUAAACUCUUUUCACCACUAACUUUCAUCUUCAAUUUCAUUUUGCAGGGUAUCGUAAGUUCAUUUGUGAAUUUUUCCCUUACUUUGAUUUCAAAGCUUUGGUUUAUUUUGAUUGUUUUAGUGCUUAGUAUGAGUGAAAUAGGGAUUCAUUUAAUCUAAUUUGCAACUUCGUUUUUCCAUUUGAGUUUAACUUCACAUGAAUGAUUUCCUAUUUUCCUUUCAUGUCUGGUUGAAAUUUUGUAUUGGUUCAUUUUAUUAGGAAUUGCUGCAGUAUUUAUGUUUUGUAAAUUGUUAUCUUACUUUUAUCUUCAACACUAUUUUGAAUUAGCUAGGUAGCAAUUUGAUAUGUGCAAGAUAUAAGCAACACAAAGUCAAUUAGUGCAGCCAAUAGUUUUUACUAACUAUGAAUAUUUUUUUUGCUGCACUAAAUACUUCCACACUCAACAGACUAUUAUAUUUUAUUAAGAGAUUACCAUCAGUGAUAUAAAACAGCAACAAUAUGCUCUAAAAAUAGUAGCUUAAAAGGAUUAACUAGUUUCGUAUUUUCACUUUUGAUAGUACGUUAGUGGAAGGAGUUAUUGAAGUGAAUUAUCAUGAUAAUGUUGACCUGGUAGUAUAUUAUUGUAUGAUAAAGUGAUUAAAGAUUAGUAAAAGGGAGUAACUAACUGAAUAUGUUAUUUAGAUCUAACUAAUUCAUUGGCUUGUUUAUCCUUUCAAGUUAGUAUGUAGCUGGAUUUUGUUUUUUUACACGUCUUUUUGAAUUCUGGUUUUGCUCAAUCUGGCUACGAAUAUGGAAGCAUAUAUAUUUAUAGUUUAUAAUCAAACUACUAAUUCAGGAUAUUGAUAAUCUAUCACAAUUGCUACUCUACUUUUUACCCAAUUAACAAUUUAAAUGUUUCUCAAGUUAAACCUUCCAACCGUUUGACCAUCUGAACUUCAAAGUCAAUUCAUGUUUGAUAUUUUUGUUAACAAUUGGCAAUGAUAAAGAUUUAAGAAAAAAUAUAACUAAUAUUAAUCUUGUUGUUCUAAUGCUACUUCAACCUGGUGUAAAGCAAUCGUCAUUUUUUGUGAUUCGAUUUAGAUUUUAGGAUUCAACUCUCUAUCUGAGUCUGAUCGAUUAAGAUUUUGAUUAAAUUUUAUUGAAGGGUCAUAAAAUCUCUUCCAUAACACCUUCAUUUUUGCAAGGGCACAUCAGAAGACUUGUCAACUUUUUUCCAGGAGUUGAUUGAAGAGCUUGUUUAUUGCCUCAAUCAGGUUGGUAUGUUGACAAUUUUAGUUAUUUAGACCAUCAAAUAAAAACUUUGUUAUACCAUUAAAUAAACUACUUAGAGUGUAACUAACAACUCAUGUACUUAAAAACAAAAUAAGUGGUUUAAUGACUAAGUGACCUCUUUUGUGAUUGUUUGUAAUUAAUGAGUAUUAGAUUUGGUUUAGUUUCAUUUUCAUAUUAGAGAAAUUGCUUCCACCAAGCAUCAUGCAAGAGAUGAUGGAUAAAGAUUGGGUGUGACUCCAUGGGUAAGAAUAUUAUCUUAGUUAAUUAGUCCACUAGUACUAAAAAUGUAGUUGUAUAACUAUAUAGAAUGUGCUUGUUCUUGCUAUUCUGAAAAUCAUAGAUCCACCCUCGAUUACCAGCAAAAAAGCAUUAAAGUUUGUGCAUACGGCUGAAAGAAAUCUGGGAUUUCCUACAAAGAUGUUCUGCCCUUGCAAAAGAGUGUCGUAAUAUGAGCCGUCAAGAUGGGAGUACCAUAUUUGAACACUUGGUUACUAAGGGGAUGGACCUUUCAUACCGAAUGAAGUCAUGUUGGACUAAACAUGGAGAAAAAAAGAAACUAAUGAGAAGCUUGAUUCUGAAACAGUUAGUGACGAGACUUAUAAUUUAUUCCAAGUUGCCUACUUUACGGAUGAAGGACUUUCCCAGGCAAUACCUAUCGAUGAACCUACAAGUCGUAAUAGUGAUAAUGAAUUAAUGAAGAAGCUCGAAGAAGCACAAACUCCUUUGUAUCCAGGAUGUGAAACAUACACAAAGUUGUUAGCUAUUAUAGAUCUUUAUGGUCUUAAGGGCCGGAGUGGAAUAUCGAGUAAAUCUUUUAAUGAGCUAUUAAGUAUACUUCAGCGCAUGUUGCCGAAGGAAAAUGUUUUGCCAGAUUCAGUUGCAUCAAUCAAGCGCUUCUUCAAGAGAUUUAACAUGGGGUAUGAAAAGAUUCAUGCUUGUGUGAAUGAUUGUUGUCUCUUUAGAAAGGAGUAUGCAGAUUUGGAUAAUUGUCUGAAAUGCGGCGCAUCACGAUGGAAGAUAAAUAAGCGUACAAACCAAAUACGCAAAGGUGUUCCAGUUAAAGUUUUGAGAUACUUUCCUGUUAUUCCCAGAUUCAAAAGGAUGUUUAGGUCCUUUCAAAUGGCUCAAGAUUUAAGAUGGCACUUUACUAAUAAAAGCACUGAUGGGAAGAUGCGUCAUCCUGCCGAUUCUUUAGCUUGGGAUGUAGUUAACAGUAAAUGGCCCUCAUUUGCAGUUGAUCCACGCAAUCUCAGGCUUGGACUUUCUACUGAUGGUUUCAACCCAUUCUCCAUCUUAAGUUCUAAAUAUAGUUGUUGGCCAGUAAUGCUUGUAAAUUACAAUCUGUCUCCUACGACGUGCAUGAAAAAGGAGAAUAUUAUGCUGACCUUAUUGAUUCCGGGUCCAAAGUAACCUGGAAACGAUAUAGAUAUCUAUUUGCAACCACUAGUUGAAGAUUUGCAAUUGUUGUGGCAGAAUGGUGUUGAGGCAUAUGAUGCAUUUACCGACUCAACUUUUAACUUGAAAGCAAUGUUGUUGUGGACUAUAAAUGACUUCCCAGCAUAUGGGAAUCUUGCUGGUUGUUCUACAAAAGGUAAAAAAGCAUGCCCUAUAUGUGGGAAAAAUACACAUAACAGAUGGUUACGCUUUAGCAUGAAAUUUGCAUACAUGGGUCACAGAAAGUUCCUAAAGCCUUCACAUCCAUACCGGAAAAAGAAAGCAUGGUUUGAUAUUAGUGUGGAAAAUGGCAGCAAGCCCCGAGUUCUUACUGGUCACAAUAUUUCAGAGGUAUUAAAAGAUUUUCCCAAUAGCUUUGGAAAAGGUGGAGAGAAAAAAAGAAAGAGAAAGAGUAAUGAAUUUGAUGGUGAUGAUGUGUUUGAAGAUGAGACAAGUAACAUCGAUAAUCAGAAUGAGCUUAGCAGGUGGAAGAAAAGAUCAAUCUUCUUCUCUUUGCCAUAUUGGGAGGAACUUCUGCUACGUCAUAACUUAGACGUAAUGUAUAUAGAGAAAAACAUUUGUGAGAGCCUUAUAAGAACUCUAUUGCACAAUGCAAAAUCAAAAGAUGGCAUUAAUGCUCGUAAGGACUUGGAAGAUAUUGGGAUUAGAAAUGAUUUACAUCCAGAACAGCGUGGAACCAGAAUGUACCUCCCACCAGCACCACCUACAUUUUCAAAGUCUGAAAAGAAGAAAUUUUGCAAGAGGAUAUAUGAUUUCAAAGGUCCUGAUGGUUACUGCUCAAACAUUGGAAAUUGCAUAGCACUGGAAGAGUGUAAAAUUAUGGGUCUUAAAUCACAUGAUUACCAUGUUCUAAUGCAGCAGUUAUUGGCGGUUUCUAUAAGAGGGUUGUUACCAAAAGGAUGUCAGAAAGCGAUAAUUCGCUUAUCAAGAUUCGUCAAUACAUUAUGUCAACGUACAAUUGAUAGUGAAAAGCUGUUGGGCAUUGAAUAUGAGAUCAGUGAAAUUUUGUGUCAACUUGAACGUUUUUUCCCACCAUCAUUUUUUGAUAUAAUGAUACAUUUACCAAUUCAUCUGGCAAGAGAGGCACGCUUGUGUGGGCCUGUCCAUUUUCGUUGGAUGUAUCCUUUAGAGAGGUACAUGAAGGCACUGAAAAAAUGUGUGAGGAAUACUGCAAGACCUGAGGGGUGUAUUGCAGAAUCUUAUCUGACCGAAGAGUGCAUUGCCUUUUGUCGUGAGUUUCUGGAAGAAUAUUUACAUGUCGAGGAAAAUGAAGUUCAUAAUGUAGAAUUUGAAAAUGAUACCAUUCUCGAAGGACGUCAUAUAUCCAAAACCACUGCAAUCAUAUUUAGCGAUAAAGAGAAAAAUAUUGCACAUCGUUCAGUGAUACUAAACACAUCAAUAUUGGAUCCAUUUGUUCAACAAGUAAAUUUCUAUUCAUGUACAUAUUUAGUAUGUUUGUAUAUUUGGUAUUUUUUUUUUAAAAAUUAUUGGUUUCUUUUAUAUUAGUAUGCACUUAGAGGAGCUGCAAUCAAAAGACAAACGACUUGAGAAAAAUUAGACCAUAUUGUAGAAUCAACAUAAUGAAAAAAUUACAGAUUGGAUAAAAGAUAAGGUAAUAUUGAAACUAAUCAUAUUGGUUAUAUUCUUCUACGGAUUGUAUUAGUUAAAUAGAUAUUGGGCAUCUUACCAAAGAUCUGGGAAUCUCACAGAGAUCAGAGAAGAAGUCAAUGUUGAGUUGAAAAGGUUGAAAGAACUGGAUGACCAAGCUAUGGCUACAGUUGCAAGGGAGAAUGUGUAAAAGAACAUAUUUGUAAACUAUCAGUCAAUAAAAACACAUCUCUGCCUUUCUUAUUGUAAGGCAAUUACUCCCUAUUUGUCUCUUGCUGUUUACUUUAAUGCUUUCUUGUUUGAUCUGAUUUACUCUGUUUUUUUCUUGAUUGUAUCUCACACUUACUAUUUUCCUAUGCCAAG